GGGGAAGUUGGAGGAAGUAGUACGUAUCGCCAAGAAGAUGGAUAAAAUGGUCUCUAAGAAAAACACGAAUGGUGCUAUCGAUUUAUUGAAGGAGCUUAAAAGCAUACCAAUGACACUGGACCUUUUGCAGAGCAACGCUGCCCCUCUGCCUUCCUGCCUGUCCUUUGAUACAAUGUGUAUCCUUGAACAUGAAGCUCUCAAGUUUAAUCUUCUUUCAGCAAUGAUUUAGUGAUGCCUACGACAUCAUACAUACCAAUCUGCAACUGUGCUACAAUUCAUCUACCUUAUUCCGUGUCCUCUUCUUCAGUUAUCCAUCGAAAUCCGAUGACGACGUCCACUCUUUUAACGUCCACACGGGUUGGAAUGUCUGUGAAUGCUGUUAGAAAACAAAGCACAGAUGAAGAAGUCACAACACUUGCCAAGUCACUUAUCAAAUCAUGGAAGAAGCUAUUAGAUGGCCCAACAGGAGACAAAGAUGCUGAGGAUAAGAAAAAAGCAUGUUCAUCGUCCUCAAAAAACAGUUCAGAUUCCACAGUGCAAAGCUCCUGUAGGAAACCAGAACCAAGGACACCUACGACUCCAAGGAUGACAACAUUUCCACCAGUUCCUGUUACCAGUGAUACUGUCCGUAACAAGUGUAGAGAGUUGUUGUCAGCGGCUCUCCAAACAGACAAUGAUUAUGUGGCAAUAGGAACUGACUGUGAUCAUAUGGCAGCACAGAUUGAAGAAAUUGUAUUCCAAGAGAUGGGCAAUACAGAUAUGAAGUACAAAAACAGAGUGAGAAGCAGGAUAGCUAACCUAAAAGACACAAAGAACCCUAAUUUAAGGAAGAAUGUUCUCUGCGGAAAUAUUUCAGUAGAGCAGAUUGCACGAAUGACUGCUGAGGAAAUGGCAAGUGAUGAACUAAGAGAGAUGCGAAAGGCUUUAACAAAUGAAGCUAUCAGAGAACAUCAGAUGGCCAAAACAGGUGGGACUGAGACUGAUUACUUUGUUUGCGGAAGGUGCAAGAAGAAUAACUGUACUUACACACAGGUACAAACACGAAGUGCUGAUGAACCUAUGACUACAUUUGUUUUUUGCAAUGAAUGUGGCAACAGAUGGAAGUUCUGUUAAUAGAAAUUCAGAAGACUACUUUGAAGACACAGCUGGACCAGCUAAAUGAAAGCUCUAACUUUAAAGUUUCAUGUAUAUUAAAUUUCUCAUUUUGCUACGUAUAUUGUUGUAAAGUAAAUAAUCUGACAUGCAACAAUGCUCCCUUGAAAUUGAGUAUUCUGAAAUUAUGCAGCCACUCAGAUUUUGUUAAUUAACAUUGUGUGGUACAGUAUUGUGUUUUAGGCUUUACAUAAUUUAGGUUUUGAUCUGUCAUUAUUGGUAUCAGAUCAAUCUAUCGGAUAAUUUUUUAAUUACGUUGUUGUGACUGUUCAGCAACCUAAAUGCUUCCAUGUUAAUAAAUUUGACAAGUUUACUUUA